CAGUAUUCGUCGAAAAGAAACGCCUUCAAUUUGUUUACGUAAAAAUUUAAACAUAAACAGUUCAAAAUAAUCUAUAAAAAUCUGCAACAAUGAGUUCAGGUGCUAUACGAGCCCCUGUUUCACAACUCAUCCAUAACAAAGAUGAAGAUGUUGAUAGUGAAGAGCCAAAGAAAAAAUCACGCGAGGAUUGGCGUAAGGCCAAAGAAUUGGAGGAAGCCCGAAAAGCGGGUACCGCGCCUGCAGCUGUAGACGAGGAGGGACGAGACAUUAAUCCACAUAUUCCACAAUAUAUUUCUAAUGCGCCCUGGUACUACAACGCCCAGGGACCUACAUUAAAACAUCAGCGACCACAGAGGGAGGAUGAACAAGGGCAGUUGGAGAAACGAGCACCAAAAGGUUUGGACGUCACCAAGUUGGUGACAAAAUAUCGAAAAGGUGCUUGCGAAAAUUGCGGUGCAAUGACGCAUAAGAAAAAGGAUUGCUUGGAACGGCCUCGUAAAGUAUUGGCUAAAUAUGCCGAGUCAAUUGUCGUGCAUGAUGAACAUGUGGUGCAGGAGACAGCGGUAAACUACGAUGAGAAACGCGAUCGUUGGAGUUCAUACGACCCAGCAAAUCAUAGAGAAAUCAUCGAUGAAUACGAAAAAGUGGAGGAAGCCAAGCGGCAGUUAAAAGCUGAGAAGCUUAAAAAUAAUCCCGAUGUUGAGCUCUCCGAUGACAAUGACAAUGAAGAUAAAUAUGUAGAUGAAGUAGACAUGCCUGGUACUAAAGUGGACUCAAAACAACGCAUCACUGUGCGUAAUUUACGUAUACGCGAAGACACAGCCAAAUAUCUGCGUAACUUGGAUCCAAACUCGGCAUAUUACGAUCCCAAAACGCGUUCUAUGCGUGACAAUCCAAAUCCAAAUAUGGCACCAGAAGAGGUCGAAUUUGCGGGAGAAAACUUUGUGCGUUUCUCAGGUGACACCACAAAACACGCUACGGCCCAACUCUUUGCUUGGGAAGCACAUGGAAAAGGUGUCGAUGUGCAUCUACUUGCUGAGCCAACAAAAUUGGAGUUACUGCAGAAGGAGUACGACAAGAAAAAGGAGCAGUUCAAAUCUAGUACGAAGGAACAUAUUGUGGAAAAAUAUGGCGGUGAGGAGCAUUUGAAUGCACCUCCGAAAUCUUUACUAUUAGCCCAAACGGAGGAGUAUAUUGAAUACUCACGAAGUGGUAAAGUAAUAAAAGGCAUGGAAAAGCCAAAGGCGCGUAGUGUUUACGAAGAGGAUGUGAUGGUCAAUAACCAUACAACUGUUUGGGGUAGCUACUGGAAUGGGGGGCGGUGGGGUUACAAAUGCUGCAAGUCAUUUAUUAAGAAUUCUUAUUGUAUUGGCAUGAAAGAUCCCGAAACUGUGACCGACCUUCUACACCCUGCCGCAACUACUAGUGCAAUCGAAACAGAAACCGUAGCAGAAGAGUCGGCAGCUAAGGAGCCAAAUGAAACAUCGUCCUCUUCCUCUUCGUCGUCAUCGUCAUCAUCUUCAUCGUCUUCUUCAUCUGAAGACGAAGACGAAGAAGUUAAAAAGUCGCAAUUGGAAAAUAAAAAAGCAAAGAAAAAAUUAAAAAAACUUGAAAAAAAGCGGAAGGCCAACAUCCAAAAACGAAAGGAUAGAAAAGAGAAAGCAAGAGAAAAAGCUUUGCGUGCCAAAGAGAAAGCGCAAUUGGAAGCUGCUCUGCAGGAUAUACGUGCCAAGUCGGGCGAUGAUGACGAAACGCACGAUGAACGUAAACGUGGCUAUAAUAGCAAGUACGACGUUAAAGCACCUACGGAAGAGGAAAUCGACGAAUGGCAACGCAAACGGCAGCGCACCGAUGAUCCUAUGUUACAUUUUAUGUCGCAAUAAAGUUCUAAAA